GAGCCGAAAAGGGAAGAGAGAGCUUUUGAAAAAUUUCAACUCUUUUCUCUAUUGUUGCAGCAAUGAGAAUGACACUACGGAGAGGUUAAAGCGCAUUAUUCAGGCAAAUGCUAGUCUUCGUCAGGAAAUAUCUGAGUCAAACCUUCACAGCAAAAGCUUGACUAGUUUGGUCGAUGUUCAAAUGGAGUAUGCACAGUAUAUAAACAGUGACGUCCGUGGUAUCCCGUCGCACAUGCCAGCUGCCAAGCCAUUGACUGGCUUUGUUCAGAAACUCAAAGGGAAAGCGGGGCGUUUUCGUGGAAAUCUGUCGGGGAAGCGUGUAGAGUAUACUGGCAGGACCGUUAUAUCUCCUGAUCCAAACUUGAAAAUUACCGAGGUUGCUAUUCCAAUCCUAAUGGCGCGAAUUUUAACUUAUCCUGAGCGUGUUUCACAUCAUAAUAUAGAGAAGUUGAGGCAGCGUGUACGUAAUGGACCAAAUAAAUACCCUGGUGCAAAGUUUAUAAGGCACCCUGACGGUACUGAGAUAUCACUAAUGUUCUCCUCCAGAAAGCGUCAUGCGGAUGAACUUAAAUAUGGCUAUAUUGUUGAUCGUCAUCUGGAAGAUGGAGACGCUGUUCUGUUUAAUAGACAGCCAAGUUUGCAUCGUAUGUCAAUCAUGUGCCAUCGGGCAAGGAUAAUGCCUUGGCGAACUCUGAGAUUUAAUGAGUCAGUUUGCAAUCCAUAUAAUGCAGAUUUUGAUGGUGAUGAGAUGAACAUGCACGUUCCGCAAACUGAAGAGGCUCGUGCAGAGGCUGUUAUGCUAAUGGGGGUCCAGAACAAUUUAUGCACUCCUAAGAAUGGUGAAAUCUUGGUAGCUUCAACACAGGAUUUCCUAACGUCCUCCUUCCUCAUAACAAGAAAAGACACCUUCUAUGAUCGUGCUUCCUUCUCACUUAUGUGUUCUUAUAUGGGGGAUGCUAUGGAUCCAAUUGAUCUGCCAACACCAACGUUAAUUAAGCCAGUAGAGCUCUGGACUGGUAAACAAUUGUUUGGUGUAUUAUUGCGGCCACAUGCGAAAAUGAGAGUCUACAUAAAUCUUACUGUUGCAGAAAAAACUUACAGUAAGCCUAAAGGUGAAAAGGAGAAGCCUAAGGAAACUAUGUGUCCGAAUGAUGGAUUCGUUUAUAUUCGUAAUAGUGAACUGAUUAGUGGACAACUUGGGAAAGCUACUUUAGGGAAUGGAAACAAGGAUGGCCUUUUCUCAGUUCUUCUCAGGGAUUAUAAUUCGCAUGGUGCUGCAGUGUGUAUGAAUCGAUUGGCGAAGUUAAGUGCUCGAUGGAUAGGAAAUCAUGGGUUUUCCAUUGGGAUUGAUGAUGUCCAACCUGGGAACGAACUGAAUGAAAAGAAGAAAAAUACAAUUUCUCAAGAAUACAGGAAGUGUGAUGAGUUCAUACACGAAUAUGAGCAUGGACGUCUUAAGUUGAAAACUGGAUGUGAUGCUCCUCAGACCCUUGAAGCUCAAAUAACCUCUGUAUUAAACAGAAUUCGAGAAGAAACUGGAAAUGUAAGAAAUUUUUUUAUUUGUUUUCUAUAUACUGAUUUUUGUAAUUUCUUAAAUACUAUUUAUACUGUGAAUGGGUGUAUUUGGCUUACCUCACAACCAUGCCCUGGACAGUGCAGACACUGUUGUCUUGAUUACUUCUUUACCUAUUUUCUGUUGGCUCAUCCAGUUUAGAUUCUAGUCGUCGAAAGGUUAGUUUCU